AUGUUCAUGCUUCUGUUCAUGCUAGGGGCAUACGUUCACAUCAGCAUCUACAGAGCCAACGCGAAGCGAGGACACAAGUUUUUGAUCUCGGAUAUCAUUUUCGACUUUUGUAUGCUUCGGACUGUGACCUGUAUUUUUCGAAUUACAUGGUCAAUUGUCACAACGCGUGGUGUCAUUCUUGUGGCGCUGAUCACCGAGAACGGCGGCGUUGGCAAUCUCGAUCGGCUUGAAGCGACAGAUGAUCUGAUCAAGUUUGGGUCUGGAUACAACAUGUUCCUUGCCGCCUUUCCGGUGAUUGUGGUGGCAGGAUGUCUUUGUAUCCCUGGUCCUGAGCCGGAAAAGUUUGGUACAGGAUCGAUGCGUGUCAAGGUCGCAUUGCUAUUCUUUGGCUCAUUUCUCCUGAUGACUGGACAUGCCAUUCGUGUCUAUGCUUUGGUCAACAAAGAGCCGCCUGGAACGGACAGUGUCAUCUAUGGCAAGGCGGUCUUCUACACGACGGGCUUCUUAUUCGAGCUGCUUGUUGUGGCUGUAUACGCAUUCGGCAGAGUUGACCUACGAUUUCAUGUUCCGAACGGGGCCAUUGGACCAGGAGACUACUCCGGCGACAGAGACAAGGGCAACUACUCUGUUGAAGAGAUCGAGCGCCUCAUUGAUGAUCUUGAUGUUCCACAUCAAAUCAUGCGCGAGAGGAAGGGUCCGGAAGACAUGGAGAUGGUGUUCGCAAUUUUCUUUGCAGCCAAGAAGGAGGAGGACGAAAAGAAGGACCUCAAAGACGGCUCUUCGGAUGAUGCCACCGUGGUGGCUGGCGGCGACUCGGAGAAUGGAUCACGUCUAGGACAGACGCCUCUCCCGGAGAGACCCAGGAGAAUCACUAGACGGCAAACACUCAUCGACGCCUUCCGACCACCGCCUCCACGCCCUGAGCGUGAGCCCACCAUGUAUCCGGACAUCACGGACUUCUAUGUUCAGAUGGAUGACGGGAGGACUCCCCGACGCCCUAUGAGGCCGUCCAUGUACUCUUCAAUGGAGACGGGCCAGGGGUACAACAACUCCCGGCCGGAUCAGCGAGUCCGGCAGUACUGGGGUGCCUCGCCUCCCUAUGGAAACGAGAAGGAGGCGAUGAAAAACGUAGACUUGAGAUGA